GCUUCGGUGAAUCCUGCCGCCGUUCGCUCAGCUCCCGCCCAAAUCCCUCGCGGGUGAGCCGCCAACCCUCAGCUCAAUCUCUUUUGGAAAGAAGCCACCGGCUUCUUUUUCCCCCCAGCUGGAGAACGAGAGGGGAGGGCGGGGGUGACUCAGGUUGCUGGCGCCGCCGCCGCUCCUCCAUGAAAGGAGCUCAGCAAGAAGAAUUGAUUCCUUUGCCUCUCAUCUCAGCCGCCGGGGCAGAAAGAGAGAAAGGAGCAAGAGCAUGCCGGUGAUGCGCUGCUGCUGAGGAGCCGGAGCCGAUCUGCAGAGUUUGCAGGUCAUUAGUGCUGCACCAAACUCCGGGCGAGGUAACUGCCCUUACUCGGGAUAGUCACCAUGGAAAAUAACGUUGCUGAGCACCAACUCAGUGUCAUAAGAAGUCCACCUGGAUGGGAAAUAGGUAUCUAUAUUACUGGAGCACUUGUUCUGCUGGGAAUAGCUGGAGUAAACCUGUGGAAGCUAUGGAGGUCUGGCAGCUAUCCUGCACCAUCUCCAUUUCCAAACUACGACUACAGAUAUCUAGAACAAAAAUAUGGGGCCACAUAUUCUCAGAUCAAGCAAAAGAGAGCUGCAAGCAACUUCCGAAAGGCAGGAGAAAGGACCUCUCCUGUUCGCAAGCCCAGCCUGAAAAUGGAUGACACCUUUGAAAACAUUAAUGAGUUGGGCACUUUGGAGCUGAUGAACAAAGACCUUGAGUUGGCUCCCUACGGGCCACUGAAAAAGUCCAUCUCCACCGAUUCUCUCUGUUCCAUCUCCUCAAUUGGAAAUAACUUUGGCCAUGAGUUCACAGUGGGACAAGUGGAAGUCAAUAUGGAAUACAAUGUGAACUCCAACACCUUGCAUGUUACACUGCUACAGGGAAAAGAUCUAAUGGAGAAGGAAGAUGUCAACUUUGAAUCAUGCUUUGUGCGCAUCAGUUUGCUUCCGGAUGAGCAAAUAGUUGGCAUUUCAAGGAUCCAAAGGAGUGCCUACUCAGUCUUCUUCGAUGAGAGGUUUUCAAUCCCCUUGGACCCUUCCUCACUGGAGGAAAACAGCUUGAGGUUUUCCGUCUUUGGCAUAGAUGAAGACGAAAGGAACAUCAGCACAGGAGUCGCUGAGCUGAAGUUGUCAGACUUGGAUCUCUCCAUCAGGCCCUUCAAUGCGUGGCUGUACCUACAGGACAUGAACAAGGCAACUGAUUCAGUGGGUGAAAUUCUGCUUUCUCUUAGCUAUCUCCCAACGGCAGAGCGGUUGACGGUAGUUGUGGUUAAGGCCAAGAAUCUUGUGUGGACCAAUGGGAAAAUGACUGCAGAUCCUUUUGUCAAAGUGUACUUGCUGCAAGAUGGGAGAAAGAUCAGUAAGAAGAAGACUGCGACAAAGAGAGAUGAGACAAACCCAGUGUUUAAUGAAGCCAUGAUUUUCUCAGUGCCAGCAAUUGUUCUACAGGAACUGUCUCUCCGGGUUACUGUUGCAGAGUGUUGUGACGAUGGGAGAGCUGAAAACAUUGGCCAUGUUGUCAUAGGCCCAGCUGCAGGUGGAAUGGGCAUCACGCAUUGGAACCAGAUGCUGGCCACCUUGAGGAAGCCUGUGUCCAUGUGGCACCCACUUCGACGAAGCUAAGGCAUGCUUGCACCUUGGUGUGAAUAAUCCAACUUGGUGCCUAAACUCUAUCAGUAGGCAGAUACAGCCGGCAAAUGAAGUUCACUAUAGCUAGAAACGAAAACUUAUUUUUUUCUCCAAAUAUUUUUCACAAAAUGGAGUUGCAGCAACAGGGAAGGGGGGGGUGUUCAGUUGCCAAAUGGGACCACAAGCCUUGGAAAAGCUUCAGACAACUGAAAUCCAUAAGAGAGGAACCCAUUCAUGUACAAAGGACUGCCCUGAAGUAGAAUCUCAUAGAUCUCAUAGAAUCAUAGAGUUGGAAGAGACCACAAGCUUGCUGACAAAUAGGGUGGCCUUUUGCCUCCAUCACUCUAAAAUCACCAGCCUGGAGAACCGGUCAUUUAGUAAAUUUUGGUUUUUUUUACUAGGAAUUAAGAGUCCCAUGUGGGUUUCCUCCAGCCCCGAGGGUCAAGGGGGAAAGCUGUGUGUGUGUGUGUGCGCGUGCCCAUUUGAUUCCACUUAGAUCUUAAAUGCAUCUACUUUGAGGUUAGAGCCACUGAAUUUAAUAGAUCUUGCUUUGAAAUAGGCAUGAUUGAGAUCACAGUUUUAUAUUUGUCACAUUUUUGGCAGGAAAAUCCCAUUUGAUGGUAGCAUCAGAGAAACUGAACUGAAUUUCUGGAAAAUUACUUCCAGGGUAAAUGAGCUUAAGAUCAUAACCUCAUAGAACCAUCGUCAAAUGCAUCUCCAUCCAUGGUUCCAAUUCUAGAAGAGUAGUCAUGUUUGCCUAUUGCCACAAAGAGCAGCAGGAAGCCAACUGUUGUAGCCUAUUACAGGAAUAGGGAUCCUGUGGCCCUCCAGACGUUGUUCAGACUCCACCUCCCAGCAGCCCCACCAGCAUAGUCCAUAGGUGAUGAGAAUUGCAGUCCAGCAACAUUUGGAGGACACCAGGUUCCCUGUCCCUAGCCUCUUUUGUCAGAUGCCUAAAGCGAACCUACUUCUUGCACCUCAUGCUACCAUAAAUUAGACCUUAGAGUAUGACCAUCAAAGUAUGAUCUAGACUACUAUGUAAUGCUGUUUAAUCCUGAUGCCCCCCCCUUCCCAGCAGCAUCACUUAGAUGCUUUCUCACCAGAGCAGCUGUUCCAUCCAUUCAGGGGGAUGCAGGGUUGCUGGGAAAGGGAAAAAUCAAGAAACAAAAACAAAAACGUUUUGUUUUUAAUGACAAAGUUUCGUGAAAAUCAGUCACUGAGCUGGCUUAAAGUAAGCGAGUAUGUGAUUUCAGUAAAAUUUUGAGGAAAGGAAUAUCAGUAAAAUGGGUCCCCUAACACUACUCCAUUCUCCCAAGCCAUUCUGCCACCCAAUUUAAAGGCACAUGGCUUUGCUUCUAGAGCUCUUUCACUGUUGAAGAACUUGCUGCUUGGCUUGGCUGUACACACUUCAUAAAGCAAAAUGGAAAACACAAGCCCUAAUGAUCUGAAAAGCAUUAGAGGCCACUUUGACCUCAAGCUUUAACUCUUUUUCUUUCUUUUUUAAAGCAAUUCUCUGAGGAUGUCAGGCCUGGUCAACUUUAACCAUGAAAGAGCAGAAAUGCUGAUAUUAAAAGGGUAACUUUUAUGUUGAACAUAAGCCCAUUUGACAUUUGGAGUUUUUCAAGAAAGCACUUUCCUUUUCUGCCUCUUGAACCUUGGCAAACUCCAUCAAGAGUGAACAUUUAUUGCUUUGCUAGGGCCUCAGCAAUUCUGUUGUUAAUACGUUUUACAUAGAUUUGAUGGGAGAUUAUUCUCCACCCCAUUUGAUAAAGCUAGACAGCUGCUUAAUUUGCCUUCUGUGCAACCAAAUACCACAGUAGAGCUGGCUUUAGCAUAUGGACAGAACCAUCAAAAAGAGAGGCAUCUGGAUUCAUCCAGUUCAGGUGUCCCAAGAACUCUUUUAAGAAAAGUGUGACAAGUUUCUUUCAAGUGGAAGCUUUGCUAUGUGCCAAGGAGGACUGUGAUGGUAGGAAAGUAGUCCUUUGUCCAUAUGAAUCCCAUGAUGCUUUGCUUAUUAAAAUAAUGACAUCGUCAGAAUGAAACAAUAAGAAAUCAAUUAAGAAAGCUGCAGAAAUGAUCAAGCAUGAGCAUCACAACAGUUGAAAGCAAUAGCAGAUUAAAACCAAAUGCAACUGAUGUUUGAAAGAAUCUUAAGAAAAUAAAUAGGCCAUCCCAGAAUUUAAAAAUGUCCCUGCCUCUUUAAUCCUAACAUAAAAAACAGCCCACAUAAUAUGUCUAUCCCUGGAAAAUAUCCAAGCUUGGAAUUGCUGGGAAAAGAGAAGAGAGAAUUUUAAGGUGACCCUCCAUAAUUACCUCUCUUAUUGCCCUUAUUGCAUAAACUUUGCUACGGAAAUUAUAACCAGCUGAUCUCAAAGAUUAGGGUGGAAUUCGAAAUAUCAUACCAAGGUACAUGGGAAGGACAAACAGGAAGGCACCAAUUUCAGGGAGGCAGGGAGGGAAUCUCUGGUUGCUGCAGGGGGAAAAGUUUUUUUAAAAAAAAUUGGGGUCAAAUGAUUUGAACAGGGUUCUUUCUCAGGGACACUCUUCAACAAAUUUUCAAUCUGGAAUUCAGAUUAGGUGCCAGGGGAUGUACAUAUGGUCUACUUCAUGUGGGGGCAGGUCA